AAGAAUUUUUCAAACAAUGAUCGAACACAACUGUUUGUGAUUAAGUGUGUAAUGACAAUAUGGUGCUACGGCUGAUGUAAAACGACAAGUCACAGUUCCAGUUAAGAGUUAUAUUGUUUUUUGUUAAAAUAGUAUUUUUCGGAUAUCCUCAUACACAGUACAAAAACAAUAACUUUUUAAUAAACUCUGUCAUGUAACAGUUGAAACUCGGUGCUACAGUGGAUUUGCAACACAAUAAGACAUUAUUCUUAAGAUUAUGGAAAAAAAUAAAGAUUUAAACUCUCGACAAAAUCAUUUGACUAAAAAGAACAAAACCAAUGGGGGAAACGAUAUAAAUGAUAAAACAGUUGCUCUCUUAAGUUCAAAAUCAAAGGAUGAAAUCAUCGAGUACGAACUCGUCCCACCCGAUGGUGGUUGGGGUUGGUUAGUAUUGGCUGGUUCUAUGAUGGUUAAUAUUUUAAUACCUGGAACAAUAAAAAGUUUUGGUGUCCUCUUUGUUGAAUUUCUAGAAGCUUUUCAAGCAUCCCCUGCCACAGCUGCGUGGAUUCCAGCUUUAUGUUAUUUUUUGUAUAGUUCGUUAGGUCCUGUUUCUAGUAUUCUUUCUGUAAAAUAUUCAUACAGGACAGUGACACUACUUGGAGGAGCUUCUGCUGCUCUUGGAAUGAUACUAUCAUAUUGGGCAUCGUCUGUAACGUAUUUAUAUAUAAGUUACGGCCUUUUAGUUGGAAUCGGUGCUGGUUUAUCUUUCCCCCCUACAGUAUAUAUUGUCACGUCUUAUUUCGUGAAAUAUCGUGGACUUGCGAAUGGACUAUGUAUUUCUGGAAGUGCUUUAGGAUCUAUAAUAUUGCCACCUGUUUUAAGGUGGCUCUUGGAAACAUAUGGCUAUAGGGGUGCGGUUCUCAUCAUGGGAGGAAUAACGUUAAACGUGUUUGUAGCUGCAAUAUUUUAUGAGCCAGUGGAAAGACAUAUGGUACGUGUUCCUAUAGUGAAGAAAAUGCUGGAAGACAUCGAAGAAGAGGACAUUGGCAUAGUAUUGAAAUUUGAAUCAGUAGACGAGUCACACGAAGAUGGAAAAUAUGUGGCCAAUAAUCCAGGAUUGCCUUAUAACUCCCCACCAACACUUCCUCAUGAUUACAAUUUAGUUGAAAAUGACUCUCAAUUUAUUAGAAGUGCUUCGGCAGCCGUUGUGCAGCAUCUGGGAAAAAAUCAUGAUGAUUUUCAUUCAUCAUCCUCUUCGCGUAUUCGCAAAGUCAGUACUCCAGUUCGCCUGCCGCAACGUAACCAAACUUUUGCUACACCUGGUCAAAUGAAUUCACAAUCUUCCCUCUAUGCUGUACAAGAAAUGGGACGAUCAAGUAAUAAAUUGGAGCGCGUCAAUGCCUUGCGCAAUAACUCAAAGAAUAGGCUGUCACGUCUUUCCCCAUCUACAAGUAGUUUUCAGUAUAUAAGCACCCCUUAUCACGGGAGUACUCUUUCGUUCCAACCUAAAGAAUUUUCAUCACAUCUAUCAUUGAGGUCAGUUGCUAGUGGAGCAGCUUUAAGUGCUGUUGCUGGUUCCGAUUCUAUAUUGGAGACAAAUAUGCAACAAGAGUCAGAACAAGAAAAACGCACAAAAUUCUUUGACUUAAGUCUAUUGAGAGAUCCAACGUACUUAGUUAUAUUAAUAUCUAAUUCCACCAACGCAAUAGGUUACACGAAUUUCAUAAUACUUUUACCAGCAUUCGGUGUGGCAUUAGGUUUUGAUAAAUCACUUGCCGCUUACCUCAUAUCUAUUGUUUCUACCACAGAUCUAAUUGGGCGUAUUGGCGGUUCAGCACUUUCAGAUAUGGGAUUCAUUCCGAAGACUUGGUAUUUUAUAGGUGGCUUAGCUAUAUCGGGAAUAAGUCUUUCAAUACUCCCAUUUUCAACGAGCUAUGGAAUGGUUGGCUUUUGGUGCGCAGUUUUUGGUCUAGCCUCAGGGGUUUAUGUGGGUAUAACAGCUGUUAUAAUGGCAGAUAUGCUUGGAACCGAACGUUUAACAUCAUCCUACGGCAUCAGUUUAUUUGUCAAUGGCAUUUUACAGCUAGUUGGUCCCCCUAUUUGCGGUCUUUGGUUCGAAUCUGUCGGGAAAUACAAUCCUCUCUUUCACACUCUUGGACUUAUUCUACUUGCUGGUGCAAGUCUUUGGAGUUUUAUGCCACUUAUUAACAAACAUAAAUCUAAAGAGGUUUCAUCUGAUGAGAAUAUUGAAUAAAAGUUCUGGCCAAUUUGAAAAACUAUACUUAAUUUUGAGCUGCUGGGCACAAAUAUGGCAUAGUAUAAUAUUUGUAUGAUAAUGUAUAUUCUGAUUAUCGUUAUGUAAAAAACGAUUAUAUUACUUGUAAAUAAUCUUAUUCAUGAAUUCAGAUAAAUCAUCAAGCAUUGGUACACCCGAAAAAAUCGUAUUGUUGAUCGAUUUUUGCGUUUGCCGAAACUUGCUGUUGCCUAGUUUUUAAUUUUAAUAUAAUAUUAGUUUGCUUUAUGUCUCUCGGUGAUGUACUAACUCGGGCUACCCUGAACUAUUUUUGUAAUGUAAAUCCAUCUGAUUAUUUCUCAUUCCACUCCUCCGUCAGAAUAGUUGACUUAAUUGAAAUGAAAAUUUAUUUUUGAAUUCGAAAAAAAAUAUAUAUUUAUUACACAGUAACUACACUGACAUAGAAUGUUCCGUGUAUCAAAAAAACUGGAUAUUAAGAUACCGUUGGAAUAAUCUUGACAGCAAAUCUUCUACCGCUCCAUAAUUCGCAACUUGAUUUAGCAAGAAUAAGUGCCAUGCAAUAAUGUCAACUUCAAUUUUAAAUUUACAGGGGUUUCUUUGUUACUUACAGGAAAUGCACUUUGAAAAGUGCAAGAAUUUAUAAAUAAUUAUAGAACUAGUCAUAAAAUUCUUAUUAAUGAAAUUGUUCUUCUAUAUCAUUCUUAGAAAAUAUUUGCAGAAUUGUAAAACAGUUUAUCAAUUUUUUUACAUUUAUAAUUGUAGUUGUGACAAAAGAGUAAAAAGUAAAAUAAAUUAUUUUGCUAUUCGAAAA